GAAUGGAACAAGACGGGCGUAAUUUCAACAACAUUGAAGGGCAAUUUGGUAAGUGGGAUACCUAUAAUAUUGAGCGUGUGGCUGCGGAAAAAGGUGUUGGGUGCACCAUCGGAGAGAGAAACAGAAUCCGAAGAAACUCUCUUUCUGUCUCUCUCUUGAACAAAUGGCGUCAGAUCCGAAAAUUCAUGCAUUUGAGGAUGUCGCCAAACACAACAAGACCAAAGAUUGCUGGCUUAUCAUUAGCGGAAAGGUGUAUGAUGUAACUCCAUUCAUGGAUGAUCAUCCAGGUGGUGACGAAGUUUUACUUUCAGCAACUGGGAAAGAUGCAACAAAUGACUUUGAAGAUGUUGGCCACAGCGAUUCUGCUAGAGAGAUGAUGGAUAAGUAUUACAUCGGGGAAAUCGACAUGUCAACAGUUCCCCUAAAACGCGCUUAUAUUCCACCACAACAAGCUGCGUACAAUCCAGACAAGACUCCAGAAUUCAUUAUCAAAAUUCUACAGUUCCUUGUACCCAUCUUGAUCUUGGGCUUGGCCUUUACAGUACGACACUACACCAAGGAGAAGUAAUUUGAAUCCAAUCUGCAUCAGGCCUCUUUUUAUUCUUAUUACUUGGUUGUUGAAAGAACACUUGUUUUAGUUCAAUAUCGAGCUGCAACAACUGGAUGCGGUCAUCAAUUUUUUACUGUGCUUUACAAUUGCUGUGUCUGAUGCCUCUUGGAAACACUAGACUUGGCUUGUGUUUAUUAGAUAUUUGAGAAUAUUUCUCCUU